CAGCAUCCAUCAUGAGUAAAAUUCAAGUGACAGCCGUGAGAGAGUCAAUCAGAACCGUUUUAAGUGAAUCCAAGGAAAAAGCUCGUGGUUUUACUGAAACCGUUGAACUGCAAAUUGGAUUGAAGAAUUAUGAUCCUCAAAGGGACAAACGUUUUAGCGGGACCGUAAAAUUACCGAAUAUUCCACGCCCGAAAAUGUCCGUGGCCGUCCUUGGCGACGCGCAUGAUUGUGACCGCGCAAAAGAAAUCGGUUUAGAAUGCAUGAGCGCUGAUGAUCUUAAAAAGCUUAAUAAAAAUAAGAAAUUAAUUAAAAAACUUGCCAAAAAGUACGAUGCAUUUUUGGCAAGCGAAGGUUUGAUCAAACAAAUCCCGAGAUUACUGGGUCCGGGAUUACACAAAGCUGGUAAAUUCCCCACUCCGGUAACCCAUAACGAUGAUUUGAACGCCAAAGCUGACGAAUUGC